AUGACCCAAAUCACAAAAAUUUUAUUUUUGUCCAGAUUUGGUAGUGACCCAUUAAAAAGUGAUUGGAAUGAUUUUCAACAUCUUGCAACACAAAGUCGUUAUCUUACACCAAAAACGUUUACUGGAUUUCCAGCUCAUCAAUCUAAAUUAGCAGCAAUUAAAAAACAAUUAUAUAAUCCAAAUUUACCAUCUAUUCGACAUAUGGAACGUGAUGAUGUUUUAUGUCGUUUACCAGAUGAACAUUGUCGUCAUACAACUUCAUUAACUACGGGUUUGCGUUUUAUACAAAUAAAUUCAUGUUUUUUAAUUGCAGCUUUUAAUUUAGGACAAUUUGAAAAUUUUGAUCCAACUAGAGAUGAUGCAUUUAUUGAAUUAUUUGGAUUAAACUGGCACGAUGCAGGUAAAACUUUGAUGGAUACAGAUGAUUCAGCACCGUUACAACAAGAGCCAUCGCCAGUAUUUGGUGCUAGGUUACGACCAGACAAGUCGCAAAUAGAUUCACGUCCAACUCAAAGUAAACUUUAUCGAAGCCCAUCAUUAUCAUGUUUAUCACCUUCGGCAACAUUAACAAAACCAAUUAAAUAUAGUUAUCGUAACUAUGGUAGUGGUACGUUUGAUCAAACUACUAAACAUACAAUGUGGCCACGAUUUCAUAUGAAUACAAAAAAUUCUUUUGAUUCAAUUAAUCGAAUGCCUCUGCCUAGCCAAAUGCAGAAUAUUUUCCGUUCAGCAAGUAUGAAUGUUGGUGUUUCAAAUGCUCCUUGGAAAUCAGCAGGUCCUAUUGGUAACAGUGGUUCAAAGAUAACUCCAGUUUAA